AGAGCGAGCGACAAUGUUACAACGUGCGAUAGCUGACUUCUUAUAACAGGAAAAGCAAACUUGAUACCCGUCUGCAUCUGCUCCCAAUAUAGAAGCAAAAAUGGCGAUGCAAACCUCUCCGUACAGGAUUUUGUCGCAGAGAACUCAUAUAAAUGGUGGAAAAAGGACAGGUUUUAGAAAGAGCUCUUUGAAUAAAGUCUUCCCUAUCUUGAAUGCCAUGCAUUAUUCUACUUUUUUGGGUGAAGACUGUGCUACCAUUUCAAAGAGAAGAUAUAGUGGACUAAUCAUUGCAGCAAGGAAGGCAUCAGAAGCUGCUUCAGGUACGAAGCAAGAAAAUGGAAAGUAUAAGGACACUGUUGAUCUGCCCAAGACAAAAUUUGAUCUAAGGGCAAAUGCUGUUGUUAGGGAGCCUCAAAUUCAGAAGCUAUGGGAUGAUAAUCAGGUCUUCAAGAGAGUUGUCGAUAGGAAUAAUGGGGGAAGCUUCAUCAUUCAUGAUGGUCCACCAUAUGCCAAUGGAAUUCUACAUUGUGGCCAUGCUUUAAAUAAGAUUCUGAAAGAUAUUAUCAAUCGGUAUAAGCUUCUUCAAAAUUAUAAGGUCCAUUAUGUCCCUGGCUGGGAUUGCCAUGGCCUUCCAAUUGAGUUGAAAGUUCUACAGUCAAUGGAUCAAGAUGCCAGAAGGGAGCUCACACCAUUGAAGUUGAGAGCUAAGGCUGCCAAAUUUGCAAAAGACACUGUUAAAACUCAGAUGAAAUCAUUCAAGCGCUUUGGGAUUUGGGGUGACUGGAAUAAUCCUUAUUUAACUCUUAAUCCAGAAUAUGAAGCUGCUCAGAUUGAAGUGUUCGGUCAAAUGGUUAUACAAGGAUAUAUUUAUAGAGGCCGUAAGCCAGUCCAUUGGAGUCCGUCAUCACGCACUGCUCUAGCAGAGGCUGAGUUAGAGUAUCCUGAGGGGCACAUUUCGAGAAGUAUAUACGCUAUUUUCAAAUUGGCUAGUGCACCUCCCACUUCAUAUAACUUAUUGGAGGAAUUUUUUCCACAUUUGUGCUUGGCUAUAUGGACAACAACUCCUUGGACUGUCCCAGCAAAUGCUGCUGUGGCGGUGAAUGCUAAGCUUCAUUAUGCUGUGGUCGAAGUAUUACCAAUGAGCGAUGCUUCUGAAUCACUGGGAAGUGGAAAACGGAAGCUUGGUAAUGUUCUGAAUGGACAAUGGACCAGGAAUCUAUUCCUCAUUGUGGCGUCAGAUCUUGUGCCGGCAUUAGAAUCAAAAUGGGGUGUGAAGCUUGCAGUCAAGAAAACUCUAUCUGGUUCUGAUCUUGAAAAUUGCAGGUAUCUGCAUCCAAUAGAUAAACAGGAAUGUCCCGUUGUAAUUGGGGGAGACUAUAUAACAACUGAGUCUGGAACUGGACUGGUCCACACAGCCCCUGGUCAUGGUCAGGAGGAUUACGUAACUGGCCUGAAGUAUGGACUGCCUAUACUUUCUCCAGUAGAUGAUGAAGGGAGGUUUACUGAAGAAGCUCGUCAAUUUAGUGGAUUAGAUGUCCUCAGUGAUGGUACUGAUGCCGUGGUAAAAUACUUGGAUGAACAGUUGUUGAUUAUUAUGGAAGAACCUUACAAGCACAAGUACCCAUAUGACUGGAGAACAAAAAAGCCGACAAUAUUUAGAACAACAGAGCAAUGGUUUGCUUCAGUUGAAGGGUUUCGACAGGCUGCUAUGGAUGCAAUCGGACAAGUCAAAUGGAUACCGGCACAGGCUCAAAACAGAAUUUCUGCAAUGACUUCUAGCCGCUCUGAUUGGUGUAUUUCACGUCAAAGGAAUUGGGGAGUUCCCAUUCCAGUUUUUUAUCAUGUAGAUUCAAAGGAAUAUCUGAUGAAUGAAGAGACUAUCAAUCAUAUCAAGUCUGUAAUAUCCCAAAAGGGAAGUGAUGCAUGGUGGUACAUGUCAGUGGAAGAUCUACUCCCAGAAAAAUACCGUGAUAAGGCAUCAGAUUAUCAGAAAGGAAUUGAUACAAUGGAUGUUUGGUUUGAUUCAGGCUCUUCUUGGGCUGCUGUAUUGGAGAAAAGAGAUGGCCUUAAUUUCCCUGCAGAUUUGUACCUUGAAGGUACAGAUCAACAUCGAGGAUGGUUCCAAAGUUCCUUGUUGACAAGUAUUGGUACAAGAGGAAAAGCUCCAUAUUCUUGUGUCGUAACACAUGGAUUUGUGCUAGAUGAGAAAGGCUUAAAGAUGAGCAAGUCUUUGGGUAAUGUCGUGGAUCCAAGUAUUGUCAUUGAAGGAGGGAAAAACCCCAAGGAAUCACCUGCUUAUGGAGCAGAUGUACUGCGGCUUUGGGUUUCAAGUGUAGAUUAUUCUGGUGAUGUACUGAUUGGGCCUCAAAUCCUCCGUCAAAUGUCAGACAUAUAUAGGAAGCUUCGUGGCACAUUGCGAUAUUUAUUGGCAAAUCUGCAUGAUUGGAAACCGGAUAAUGCUGUUCCGUAUAGUGAUCUUCCUAAAAUCGACCAGCAUGCUCUCUUCCAGCUUGAAAAUGUUGUAACAAACAUCAGAGAGUGCUAUGAAAUUUAUCAGUUCUACAAGAUUUUCCAGAUCAUACAACGGUUUGCCAUUGUAGAUCUAUCAAAUUUCUACUUUGACAUUGCUAAAGACCGACUUUAUGUUGGGGGCACUGCAAGCUUUUCCAGGAGAAGUUGUCAAACAGUUCUUGCAGCUCAUCUUCUCUCUAUUGUGAGAAUAAUUGCUCCAAUAUUGCCUCAUUUAGCUGAGGAUGUGUGGCAACACCUUCCCUUUGAGUAUGCCAUUGAAGAUGGUUCGGUUGCUAAAUUUGUUUUCGAGGCAGGAUGGCCAGAUAAAGAUGAAAGAUGGCGGGCCAUGCCAGUUGAAGACGUUGAUCUCUGGGAGAAAGUUCUUGAGCUAAGGACCGAGGUGAAUAAGGUUCUAGAAACUGCUCGUGGUGGGAAGCUAAUAGGUUCCAGUCUAGAUGCAAAGGUUUAUCUAUACACUACAGAUGCAGACCUAGCAUCCAGAUUACAUGGAAUAUGUGUGGCCAGCAAUGAUGCAGAUGCCUUGCAUCGGAUAUUCAUAACAUCUCAGGUCGAAAUCCUUGCUUCGUUGGAGAAUGAACUGAUCAAAAGCAUUACAUACAAGGGAGAAUAUCUAAUUCAAGGGAGGAGCAGAGUUUGGAUUGGUGUGUCUCGUGCUGAGGGUUCAAAAUGUGAAAGAUGCUGGAACUACUCAACGGAAGUUGGUUCCUUCACUGAGCAUCCCACGCUCUGUUGCCGUUGUUAUAAUGUCGUUAACAUCCAAUUGUCUCCUGAAAUGGCAGCAGUUAGCUAAGUCUUCAAAAGGCCGUAGUGAAAAGGUGACACAAACCACCUAUAAUUCAUUGUGAUUUUGAGUGGA